AUGGCUCGCAAGAAGAAGAUCAAGCUCAGUCAACUACCAUCUCAGUCAGGAGGCACCAUCGCCUAUCGCGUCCAUCGUGGUGGUGCUACACGCGGCGGACGCAGCGCAGGAGCAGGCAGAGGCGGCAAAUCUACAUCCCCUAGCACACGCCCACAGCCUGCUGCUGCCGCAGCGAAGGAGGAGAAAAAGAAGCGCCGCCCUGCGCCUAGCACGAUUACUCUCCAAAAGAUCAAAAAGUAUCAAGAAUCGACACAUUUGCUUAUCCUUUCUUUGCCAUUUCAACGUCUGGUCCGCGAAAUCGCAAAUGAGCUCAUUCCAUCAGGUGAGCGAGGGGCCUGGCGCUGGCAAAAGUCAGCUGUUAUUGCGCUGCAAGAAGCUGCAGAAGCCUACCUGGUCUCUGUCCUAAAAGACACGAACAUACUCGCACUCCACGCAAAACGCACCACCAUCACGCAGAAGGACAUGCAACUGCAGAAGCGUCUUGUGAGAGACCGCGCAUAA